ACAUCACCGAGCAAAUGUCGACGAGGCGUGAUACACGGCGUUUGACGCACAUCGUUCAUCAGCUAUUGCUGCUCUCAUUCUCUUGAUGCCAGUAGAUUUUUGCUUCCGUCAGAUUGGUAAAAAAAAAUCAUAAACGAGGCAGACUGCGACUAGUUCGAUCGCUCAGUCAAUCGUCCGCCCGCACUUUGGCAUCGCCGACGCCCAGAGUUCCGUGUUUUUCUCUUUUUCACGCCGGUGCUGAAAAAUGGACGACGAAGCGGACGACGUUUCCGAAUGGAAGAAACUCAAGGAAACUCUGACCGUCAACAAACCGCUCAUCCCACUCAAACUCACCAUGUUGCUCUAUUACGGCGCCUCUUCUCUCUACCUCCCUUAUUUGACCCUGCAAAUGCAACAAGUCGGGCUCAACAUUGAAGAGAUUGCCAUUAUUUAUUCCGUGCUUCCGUUCGUCACGUGCGUCAUGCCGCCAUUAGCUGGCAUGUUGGCAGACAAGUUCAAUCGCUACAAAUUACUUUUAAUCAUCUCGGUGUCGUCGGCCGUCCUCUUCCACACGCUUUUACUUCACGUGGACGCUCGGGUUUCUCCCGACCGUUCCCCAGUGCGCAACAUCACGGAAAUCCCGACUUUAGGUCUUUAUUGCAACCGUACUGGCACCGUUCUCCGACUGGGAAACGAAAGUUUGACAACAGCAACGACCGAAAAAUUAUGGCUAGCCCACUGGACGCCGUCCGAGUGCCAGCCGGUUGCUUGCACCGACUACAAGGACAUGCGUAUGCAUUUAUGUACUCCCGCCGGCAAUUGCACGCAAAUUACAACCAAGUCAACGUCGAAACUGGAAGUGGAACUCGUUCUGGGGCCCAUCACGCUGCUCGACAUCAAGGACAGACCAACAAUAACGGAAUACAGAAUAGUCACAUUGCAAACAGACCAAACUCCGCUUUCGGCCGCCUUACUUUGUAACUGUCUGAUUCAAUGUCCUUUGACGCUGUUGAUGCCGACAGAUACCGUCGAUCAGGAGCUCAAUUUCACAUUAGAUGACGCAAUAAAAGAAACUAAACGCAUCAAACACAAUCGAGGCUUUUGGAUCUACUUCAUUUUACGGAUAUUGGCCUCCGGUUCGUUGGCCACUUCAUUCUCAAUGUUAGACGCAACAGCCAUCACCAUGGUGAAGAAAAACGAUGGCGACCUUGGCAAGCAGCGAUUAUUUGGUGUAAUUGGACAAGCAAUUUUUGGCAUGGUCGGCGGGGUGUUGCUCGAUUGGACGGUCGAAUUGCAAGGUGACCCAGACUAUUCGCUGUUGUUCUACAUUGCUGACGGCCUUUCCGUCUUGGUGGUCCUUCUCAUCAGUCGACUCGAUGUCGACGUUGAACGAAUGGAAAGCGGAAAUUUUGCCGCCGGAGUCAAAAGACUCGUCCGAUUAAUCGAUGUCGACGUCUUCAUAUUCAUGAUGCUCCUUCUUGGCACCUGUUGGGGAUUCAUCGAAUCUUUCAUGUUCGUUUUCCUCAUGGAACUUAAAGCCAAUAGUUAUCUAUUAGGAAUGACGGUUACCUUGGGCUGUGUCAUUGGAGUUCCUUUCCUUUACGUCUCAGACUGGAUUGUCCGUAAAAUAGGAUCUGUCAACGUGUUUGUCGUCGCUUUCCUUACGUAUUGCAUCAGAUUUUUCGGCUAUUCGCUAAUAUGGGAUCCUUGGCUAUGUCUGCCAUUUGAGGCAUUAGAAGCCGUCACGAUUCACAUGAUGGCCGUGGCUAGUUCCAUGUAUUGCGCUGCAGCUGCGCCACCCGGGUUAUUGGCGACUUUGAAUGGAGCAGUUGGAUCCGUUCACUACUCGUUCGGGCGAGGACUUGGCAGUUUCAUCGGAGGCAUUUUGAUGGCCAACUACGGAACCCGGAACGCUUUCCAAAUCUUUGGGACGGGCGCUGGUCUUGCUGGAGUGACCUACUUCCUCCUGCACCGCCUCUAUUUAGUUCAAAUGGAGAGGCUUCGAUUGCGCAGGAAAUCGGAGCGAAUUGCCAGUAUCAUUGCCAGUGGCGAAGAAGUCGACGACGAACCAGAAGAAGAAUACAUCAUUCCGCCAGACAACCUUUUGGGCCGCCGCAAAAGUUGUUUUUAAAAAAUGGAAAAAAUGUAUUGUAAUAAUUCUAGCACAAAAUAGGCCUACAGUGUCUCCUUUCCUAGUCAGCACCCGGCGUGCCGAUUCCCAGAAAGGAUCCAUAAUUCCAAACAAUUUUUUCUUGUAAUUUCAGUUAAGCCUCGAUUCGUUACCGUUAGCUCUAGAACCUUGACCACGCUCAUUGGCGAUCUAGUCCCGGUGACUAGUGAUUGUUUUAACCUUUUUUUUUCUAAACAAAAAUCCAAUGUACCAGCAACAACAAAUAGAAACGUACUUGAGGAAGAUAAAGCGAUCAAUUGAAAGUGAGUGGCAGCACCGAGCGGAUGGCGUCACUACAAAUCCCAUUGUCUCGACACAUUUGAAUUGAAUCAAAGUCCCUGCCAUUCAAUAAUUCAUCGACCGCAACUGCUGAUUGAGACGUCGCGCUAUCUUGAGGUUGAAGUGCGCGUGUGUAUUUAAAACAAAA